AUGAUUAUUCAUAAUUCUAGUGAUACUUCAAAAGGAAAUAUAUGGCUUUUUUGGAAUGCAUCUUUUUCUAGACCUGUUGUGGUAUCUUCUUCAAGUCAAGCUAUUACUGUUAAGGUUGGAGAUGUGAUGGUAACUGGUAUUCAUGCAGCAUGUCUUACUGUGGACAAAAGGGAAUUAUGGGAAGAAUUGAUUGAUAUUAUUCAAAUGAACUACCAUUGGAUGAUAAUUGGAGAUUUCAAUGUAGUUUUCAGUUAUGAAGAAACGUUUGGAGGUAGAAGACCUCUGAGAGUGUCAAUGCAGGAUAUCAGAGACUGUUUAGAGUCAUGUAAUCUAAUUCAAGCUACAAGAACUGGAAUCAAAUUUUCUUGGUGCAACAAUAAGGAUGGAAAAAAAGAAUCCUGUGUGAUCUUGAUAAAGCUUUUUAUAAUCUUAAAUGGCUGGAGAAAUUUGAUGGUUGGUCUUAUAAAAUAUCAACAGAUUUGGACUUCUCAUCCUGGUUUUCUGGAAGUAAUUAAGGAAGCUUGGAAUGAAGUAAUUUCGGGUAAUCCAACUUUUUCUUUCUUUAAUAAACUAAAAAGGAUAAAACAAAUAUUGAAUAAGUGGAAUUGGGAGGUAUUUGGUGAUCUCAGAGUAAAAGUAAAAAGUACAGAAGAUGAAGUACUUGCAAUUUCCUUGUUAUCUGAUACAAAUCCUGAAAACAUUGAACUACUUAAUAAUCUGGUUACAACAAGAGGGAAACAUGAAAUUGCUUCUCAUCAGUAUAAUGAGUUAACGAGAGCUAAGUCUAGAGCAAAAUGGAUAAAGGAAGGUGGUGCUAAUACAUCUUUUUUUCAUACUACAAUAAAGCUAAGGCAAUCUCAAAACAAUAUUACAGAGCUGGAAAGUACAGAGAGCAAUGUAGUUACUGAACAAGUACAAAUUGGAAAUAUUUUGGUAGCACAUUACACAAAAAAAUUUGGGCACCAGAAUGUUACAAUUCAUGAGGAGAUAAUGGGAGUAAUACCAAAGAUCUUAAAUGAUGAAGACAAUAAAUUUCUUGAUGUUGUUCCUACUGCAAUGGAAAUUAAAGAAGCUCUUUUUGGAAUGAAUGCAAAUAGUGCUCCAAGUCUAGAUGGAUUUCUUGGUUGUUUCUAUAAAUUUGCAUGGGAAAUUAUUGGAGAGGAAUUAGUUGAAGCAAUUCAAUAUUGUUGGAAUCACAUAUUUAUUCCUAAUGGCUCAAACUCCAACUUUAUUUUUCUUCUUCCCAAAAUUCAAGGUGCAAGAAGAGCAGAGCAAUAUAGACCAAUUGGCUUAGAAAAUUUUAAUUUCAAGAUCUUCACCAGAAUCAUUACUACUAGAAUAAGCACUUUUAUUGAGAGAUUAGUAUCUCCUCAACAAGGAGCUUUUAUUAAGGGGAGAAAUAUCCAUGAUAAAAUUGUGUUAGCCUCUGAAAUGAUCAAUGAAUUAAAUAUAAAAAGAAGAGGAGGAAAUGUUGGUCUAAAACUGGAUAUAACUCAAGCUUUUGAUUUUUUGAGUUGGGAGUUCUUAUUUGAAGUACUUAGAAGAUUUGGUUUCUCUGAAAUUGGCAUCAGUUGGAUAAGGAAAAUAUUUGAGUCUGCUAUGAUCUCUGUUCUUGUCAAUGGUGGCCCUUGUGGUUUUUUUUUUGGUGUUGGAAGGGGUCUUAGACAAGGUGAUACUUUGUCACAUAUCUUAUUCAUUCUUGCAGAGGAAGUACUUAGAAGAAAUUUAUCAAAAUUGGUGCAGGAGAGCAACAUACAAGCAAUGGUAACCAGAGAAUUACCUGAUACUUACUUGGGUGUUAUAUUGAAUCCUGGUAGACUAAAGACAUAUCAAUUUUGGGGGAUGGUUGAGUUAAUGCAACAGAUGUUAGCUGGAUGGGUGGGCAAGCUAUUAGCCUUUUUUGAAAGAUUAAUCUUGGUAAAACAUGUGCUAUGCAGCAUACCCAUAUACAAUAUGACAGUCUAUAAAUGGCCCAAUUUCAUGUGGUCUGGUGACCCUGCUGUCAAAAAAUUAGUCACUGUUAAAUGGGAUGAAGUGAAUACUCCAACUAUAGAAGGUGGAUUGGGAUUAAGGAGACUUGAAGGGAUGAAUAAGGCUAUGUUAAUGAAACUCUUAUGGAAAAUUGAAACAAAAGAGGUGGAAUGGACUCAAUUUAUGAGAGAAAAGUAUAAAAACAAGAAAAAUGAAUGGACAUCAUCUUACAAACAAUCAUCUGUUUUGCCAGAAAUUAAAUGGGUUAUAGCUGAAGUGAAUGAAGGCAAAAGAUGGAUAGUCGGUGAUGGAAAAUCAAUUUCCGUGUGGCAAAACAAAUGGAUCAAAGACUAUGCCUUAAUUGAGAGACAUGAAACGGAUCAAUAUGUUCAGAUGAAUAUAGAACUUAAAGUAGCUGACUUGAUUGUCAAUGGAGUAUGGAAAAUUCCAAAGCAAAUGUUCAAUUAUUUUGAAAGAAAUGAAGUACUAGUAAUUGGUGGUGGUCCUGACAAACUGAUAUGGGAAAAAGAUCUCAAUGGAAAAUUUUCUGUUGCUAAUACAACCCAGCAGAUAAGAAAGAAAUAUCCAGUACAGUCUUGGCCAAAACAAGUGUGGGAUCCUUGUAUACACCCCUAUACAUCUACCAAUCUAUGGAAAAUUCUGAGAGGUGCUUGUGCUACUGAGAAGUCUGUAAGAAAAAAAGGUUUUAUGACAGUGUCAAAAUGUUAUUUGUGUGUUAAUGCACAGGAUACAAUGACUCAUAUACUAUGGGAGUGUAAAUUUAGCAUAAUGAUAUGGCACUGGUUGGGAAGGAUAUUCUGUUUUCCUAAUCCUUCAUCCUUUGAGGAAAUUCUGAAAUAUGUUAAGGGUAAAAGUAGAGCAAUUCAUGAAGUCUGGUAG